CAUAUUGGCUCAGAUAACAGGGCUCUGAUGCCUUUACUUUCAGUUUCCUUUCUGCUGCAGCCUGUGAUGCUCUCAGCAGUGUGUGUGUGGUGGACUCCCAGAGAGAGCAGCAGAGGAGCAGAGGCAGGGAAGCAGAGGCGAGUCUGAAGCAGCUGAGACCUGCUCUUGCACCUGUGGGAUGGGGACCAAAUUCUUCUUGCAGAUUCUUCUAGGUUGGCAAGUUGCCAUGAUCGGAUCCCAAAUGAUGGCUCCCAUUUGUCUGGUGGAAAACCAGAAGGACUGGCUGUCUGUGAACCCAAAAGCCAUCGAGAUUCUGAACAAGAUUUCCCAGCCAGUGGUAGUUGUGGCUGUUGUUGGAUUGUACCGUACAGGGAAGUCCUACCUGAUGAACCGUCUGUUAGGACAGAAUCACGGCUUCCCUCUGGGCUCCACUGUGCAGUCUGAAACCAAGGGCAUCUGGAUGUGGUGUGUGCCACAUCCCACCAAGCCAAAGCACACCCUAGUUCUUCUGGAUACUGAGGGCCUGGGUGAUGUGGAAAAGGUUGACCCUACGAAUGACUCGUGGAUCUUUGCCCUGGCUGUGCUUCUGAGCAGCACCUUUGUCUACAACAGCUUGGGCACCAUCAACCACCAGGCCCUGGAGCAGCUGCAUUACGUCACAGAACUCACUGAGCUGAUCAGGACAAAGUCUUCCUCAAGUCCUGAUGGAAUCAAGAAUUCCACAGAGUUUGUGAGUUUCUUCCCAGACUUCAUCUGGACUGUUCGGGAUUUUACCCUGGAGCUGAAGUUAGAUGGAAAGAGCAUCACAGAGGACGAGUACCUGGAGAAUGCACUGAAGCUGAUCCCAGGCAAUAGUACCAGAAUCCAAGCAUCCAAUCUGCCCAGGGAGUGCAUCAGACGUUUCUUCCCUAAACGGAAGUGUUUUGUCUUUGAUCGGCCAACAAAUGACAAAGAACUGUUAUGCAAAAUUGAGACUAUCUCAGAAGACCAACUGGAUCCUAAGUUCCAGGAACAAAUGAGGGCUUUUGUUUCUUACAUCUUCACCGAGGCAAAGAUCAAGACACUCAGAGAGGGAAUUAAGGUCACCGGGAAUCGACUGGGGACUCUGGUGACGACCUACGUGGAUGCCAUCAACAGUGGAGCUGUGCCUUGUCUGGAUGAUGCGGUGACAACUCUGGCCCAGCGUGAGAACUCAGCAGCUGUGCAGAAGGCAGCUGAGCACUACAGUGAACAGAUGGGCCAGCGACUGAGGCUCCCCACAGACACGCUCCAGGAGCUGCUGGAUGUGCACACAGCCUGUGAGAAGGAAGCCAUUGCUGUCUUCAUGGAGCACUCCUUCAAGGAUGAAAACCAGCAAUUCCAGAAGAAGCUGUUGGAGUUAAUAGAUGAGAAGAAAAGCAAGUUCAUAUCGAAGAAUGAAGAAGCAUCAGAUCAAUACUGCCAGGAAGAACUCAAUCGGCUUUCAAAGGCUUUUAUAGAAAAUAUUUCAACAUUUUUUGUUCCUGGAGGACACAGGCUCUACAUGCAAAUGAGGAAGAAGAUUGAGCAUGACUAUUGGCAGGUGCCCCGAAAAGGGAAGAAGGCAAGUGAAGUCUUCCAGAGAUUUCUGAAGUCACAGGCCACCAUCGAGAGUUCCAUUCUGCAGGCAGAUACAGCCCUCACUGCUGGGGAGAAGGCCAUUGCAGAGGAGCGGGCCCAGAAGGAGGCAGCAGAGAAGGAGCAAGACCUGCUUAGACAGAAGCAGAAGGAGCAGCAGCAACUGAUGGAGGCUCAAGAAAGAAGUCACAAGGAAAACCUCGAACAACUGAGAAUGAAGCUGGUGCAGGAGAGAGAGCAGCUCAUCAGAGACCAGGAAAAGAUGCUGGAGAAGCAGCUGCAGGAUCAAAAGGCUUUGCUUGAAGAAGGAUUUAAGAAGAAAUCUGAGGAAAUGAGUGGAGAAAUAGAGCGAUUGAAUUCUAACCUCAAAGAUAUGAAGGAAAACAGUGGUUCCAUUUUAGAGAAUAUUCUAAAAGAAUUUGCUAAAGCAAUCUGUGGUCCUUUUUUCUUGAUCAUGGACAUUAUAAAUGGCCUUACCUCAUCAUUUAAAUAGGAUUUAUUUAAAUAUUUUUUUAAAAGUCUUCUUUGGAUGAAAUGAUGAUCCUUGAAUAUAUACUUUGUCUUUCUUUGAAGCUUCAUGUUUUCAUUUUCAUUCGGCCAACUAAACAGAAGAGUGUUGAUUAGAGACAUCUGUGCCUCACCUGCAGUGCAUAGAACAUAUGUGCACACGUUUGCACAAUGUUUGCUUUUAGGGGACAAAUUUUGAAAGCAUUCGUAUGAAAGUGAUGUGAUUAGUCAUUGUACACUGUGACAGUUACUGUUGGCCAACUUGACUGGGUAUAGAAUCACCUAGGACACAAGCUCUUCUGCACUCUGAGGACCAUCUUAUCUAGGUUAGCUUGGGGGGCAUCAUCUCAGGUAACUAUGGUAGGAAACCUACCCCAUGGGUGGGUAGCACCAUCCCUCUGGACUUGGGACCUAGUUACAAAGUAAAAGAAAGCUGGACACUAACGUCUAUCACUUGUGACAUACUGACGGGAUGCCAUGUGAUCAACCAGCCCCCAGUUCUUUCUGCAUGCCUUCUCUACCAUGCUAAAUAUAUCAUUUGCAGCCAUGAGCCCGAACAAACCUUUUUUUUUUCUUAAGUUGCUUUUGUUGGGGUAUUUUGUCAUUGAUAGCUGGUGUAGGAGGUUCUUCUGUCUAUGUGUUGCUCUCGUUGGUAUAAUAAAGAAACUGCCUUGGCCUUUUGAUAGGGUAGAACUUAGAUAGGUAGAAUAGACCGAACUAAAUUCUGGGAAGAAAGGCAGUGUGGCAGACACCAUGAAGCUCCUGCCUGAGACCGAUGCUGGCUAGAAUCUUUCCCAGAAAGCCAUGACCUCAUGAUGAUACACAGAUUGGUGGAAAUGGGUUAGAUUAGGAUGUGAAAGUUAGCCAAGAAGAGGCUAGAUAUAAUGGGCCAGGCAGUAAUUUAAUUAAUAAAAUUUUCUGUGUGGUUAUUUCAGAGGUUAAGCCAGGACGCAGCCCACUCUUUCUACAACAGAUAGUGUUGUAAUGGUGAUAAAUUUGGAAACUACUUAAACAUCAUUGAAUAAGAUUGGUAACAAAUUUUAAUGUCUUGAUCCUGAGUUACUAUAUAGCCAAGAAACAAAUGUCAGUCAAGCUUCCUGUAUACUAACGUAAAUUCAGCUUGAAGAUUUCUUAUAAAAUAAAGUGGAAACUCCAUGUUAUAGUGUGAUUGGUAUUACAGAUGCUCCUAUCCCAUGCAAAUGCACAGGAGCACAGAUCAGCUGCCUCCGGAAGAUUAAUGGGAUACCCGAUCCUUUGGUUUCAUCUCUGGAGAACAAAUUGGAAUCAAAAGUUGAAGGGACACAUGUAUUUCUUUAUGUACUAGUCUUUUAGGUUUUAUUAAGGAUGCUGGGAAAAUAGUAUGUUUGCAUUUUAAAUGGGUGAUAAAGGAAAAUGCACUAUCAUUUGAUGGCAUCUCUGUUUCUAGAAACAGCAGAAGCUUUCAGAAGAUAGCUAACAUGAGGACUUGAUUGCCAGGAAGCAAAAUGUUGGCACAUUAAUGAUGUUUUUCCUUUGAGGCUUUUAAUAAAAAUAAUUUAUAUAACA